CUGGAUUUAAGUUAUAUUACAUGUUAACGUCCUUAUUACUUACGAUUUAACUAUAGCUCAACAUAUCUCAGUUACUAUUAAUGCUAACUUGACUCGUUAAUUUAAUGACCAAGUAAUAUUUUGGUUUAUUUUUUCUCCGUUAAGGGUCUUAAUAUUGAAAUUACUUCAAAUUUGCAGUUGAUAUAUUUAUAUAUAUAUAAGUUGUUAUAUUUAUAACAUUAAUGUUAUAAAUAUAUCAACUCAACUAGUAUUCAUAGAAUAACCGUAUAAAUUGCUCAUUUGUGACACACAUGAAGGAAAUGUGUCUCUGAAUUUAUUCUCAUCAAUAGGCAGUCACAAAAUAUAUUUUCUAAAGAAGUAUUUGAAUUGUAGUAUGAACUAGUAAUCCCAGGAAUAACGCAAUUUAAUCAAGAAGUAUCAGAUGAACUCGAACGAAUGUAUUGUAUUUGGAAUUCAAAAUUACAACAGUCAUCAAUACGAAGAAGUCAUUGAUUUAUUUAAACACCACAACCGCCACAGCUCGAAUUGGAGUUUUUGAUGAAAGUUGUCCAAGUAAAUAUAGAAAACAAACCUUAUCAUGAACUUCCGAAGAAAAAUAUUUUAUACUUUCCGCCUUCGAACUAUUUCUAAAUUUACUAUUAUCCUAAUACUUGCUUGUUUUAUGUUAAUCAGUAUUUAUGUCACAAAUCAAAAUAAAAACCAUCAUAAUGAAAUUGAUGUAGAAGAACCAAGCACAGAACUUUAUAAUUUUGGUAUUAAUAUUGUUGUAUUAAAAAAUGUUCGCAUUGAUCCAUCUAAAGUCGUCGGUGCAAUUGGAGGAGAAGAUCCUUUGAAAGUUCCUAAUCAACCAGAAUCGUAUGAACUUUUGAAUUUUGAAUAUGGAUUUAUAAAAACUGGUGUUAAACCAAAUAUAAAAAAAGAACAAUUACAUUCGUAUGAAACUAAUGUAAUUAAGUUUCUUGAAUCGUUGGAGGUACUUGAUUCCGUGGACUGGAAAACAAAACAUUACUAUAAGGAAAAAAUUGUCCUCUUGGUAACUCGAGUUGAAUAUGCUAAUUUAUAUCAUACAAUGACUGAUUUAUAUAAUACAUUUAUAACUAUUAAAUUAUUAAAUUUAACUAUUAAUAAUAUACAUAUCAUUAUAGUUGAUGGACAUCCAUUAGGUAAUUUAGAUGAAUUAUGGUAUAAAUUAUUUAAAAAUUCUAUAACAAGAAUUGGAUCAUAUCGAUAUACUACUGAUAAUAAUAAUAAUAAUAAUAAUAAUAAUAAUAAUAAUGUAAUACCCUUACUACCUAUCAAUAAUGAAGAUCAUUUAUUAUAUAUUAAUAAAUUAGUUAUAGUACCAUAUGGUUAUGCAAGUCCUUUAUAUGUUGAUAAAGAUAUUAUUAUUAAUAAUACUAAUAAUAAUAAUAAUAAUAAUAAUAAUAAUAUGUAUAUUGAAGAAUUUAAACAGUUUCUAUUAAGUAGUUAUAAUUUACAUGAUACUUAUAAUAUAUGUAAUAAUAAUAAUAAUGGUAAUAAUAAUAAUGGUAAUAAUAAUGAUAAUAAUAGUAAUAAUAAUGAUAAUAAUAGUAAUAAUAAUGAUAAUAAUAGUAAUAAUAAUGGUAAUAAUAAUGAUAAUAAUAGUAAUAAUAAUGAUAAUAAUAGUAAUAAUAAUGAUAAUAAUAGUAAUAAUAAUGGUAAUAAUAAUGAUAAUAAUAGUAAUAAUAAUGAUAAUAAUAGUAAUAAUAAUGGUAAUAAUAAUAAUGGUAAUAAUAAUAAUAAUAAUGGUAAUAAUAAUAAUAGUAAUAAUAAUAAUAAUAUUAUUAAUAAUAAUAAUAAUUAUAAAUCAAUACAAAUUAUAAUCAUAAGUCGUAAUAAUUAUUAUUCCCAUCCACGUAAUAUAAAAGGUAUAAUUAAUAGAAAAAUUAAUAAUGAAUUACAAUUAUUAAAUAAAUUAAAACAAUUAGGUUUUUAUAAUUCAUUUAUUAUUGAUUUAAUUAAUUUAUCAAUUAAUGAACAAUUUAAAUUAAUAAUAAAUACUAAUAUAUUAAUUGGUAUGCAUGGUGCUGGUUUAACAUACACUUUAUUAUUACCUAAUACAUCUAGUCUUAUAGAAUUAUUCCCUUAUUAUUGUUGUCAAGGGAAUAAACAUUUUAUUAAAUUUACUGAAUUACGUCAUAUAAAUUAUAAUGCAUAUUAUGGUUUAUCAUAUAAUGAUAAUAAACAAUUAGAUACAAGUUAUAUACCAAUUAAUGAAUUUGAAUUAUUAUUUAUACGAACAUUUCAUAAAUGGAAAGAAAAUAUUGAAAAAGAAAAAAAUAGAAAAAAGUGUUAA